UUUGUUUUGUUUUGUGUGAAACGUGUGAUGUGAACACACCUGUAGAAGUGUCAAUAUUGUACGUGACAAAAUUAAUAUUUUAUUAUACGUGGAAAGUGAACGUAAAUUAAUUUCAAAGUUAUAGGUAAUAUGUAUGUAUGUGCAUAUGUACAUAUCUACAUAAGUGGGCAUGGCUAGAGCCCGCAGAGAGGAUUUGAAAAUAUUUUCAGUCCCGCCUAUUUCGUCUAUACAUAGCAAUCAUUUCCAUUUAUGUUGUGCCGAGAUGACUUAUUCAGGAAACUAUUCGAAAUAAAUUCAAAUGUAUUGCUUACAUUUUAAUAAAAUAAAUCAUUGAAAAGAGCUGUACAGCUUGUUAUAAAAUCCAAACUUUCCAUGUUCUUAAAAAAAACCAAGGCUGGCAAAUUUUUCCCUCUGUUAACACAAAGAAGACACUGUGCGAUACGCGCAUUCCUAUUAUCACCUUUCUCUCCACACCCACUUUCGUUGCUUUCAUGAGUACUCUCCCUAGAAAACUCCCUCCUAGAACAAAAGGCGGUCAGCUGUAAUGCAAUGUCGCUAUCUUUCUGUGUUAAAUUCUGUUAUUUCCCCAGUCAAACGCGUAACUGCCUAAUGCAGUGGAUGCAUUAAUAAAAUUUAUUUGUGAAAAUAUUAUGUGUGAAAAUAUAAUAUAUAGUAUUUGCUGAUUCUCGCAAAAUUGAGAGGAAAAAAAUGUUCUCGUGACAUACACAGCUGAUGAGCCUAAUCAACACUUUACCCCAAUUCAUAUUGAUUGUUAUUGUUACUUGCCAGUUUUGUUGUACGAGUAUACUGCCUGUUCUUAUCAAUUCGCCGUCGUAUACAAUUGUCGUGGCACUUGCGUCGCUUCUUGCAGCCAGUUCAUUCACUCUUUUGUGCGCAAAAUCUUGUUCUUGUUUCGCGCGAUUUACUUCACAUGGUUUUAUUUAUAUUCUGAUUUGCCGACAGUAAAUAUAGUCAAUCAUUUGUGCUGAUGUUAUUGUUGUUAAAAGAGCUUACGUGAAAUUAGUAUUGAGAGCGUUAAUCAAAACAAUAAACUUACAAACAAACAUACAUAAGUGCAGUGGAGCAGAUUUGUAUUGGAGCGGGUAUCUUACAAGAUGUCUGCAAGUGCGCAGAGCGCCAUCUGUAUGUCGAACUUGGAACUUCGGCCGGAGCAUGUAUUGUAUGCGCGUCUACGCAAGCUUACUGAGUUUUAUUGCAGCCAGUUUGGACAGGAACCGGAAUUUUUCGUUCGCAUGCCUGGACGCGUCAACAUAAUCGGCGAGCAUGUGGACUAUUGUGGCUACCCAGUUCUGCCUAUGGCUAUUGAGCAGUGCAUCCUGUUGGCUGUCGGGUAUAAUGCCGAGCAUACAUUUCUUCAACUGCGAAACGUCGAAUCCACACAAUACGAGAACUUCAAAUGCGAUUUGAAUGCCCUAAGCAUUGAUUUGCCCACGCUUGGCAGCCCGAAAUGGUACAAUUACUAUCUGUGCGGCGUGAAGGGCGUUUACGAGCAAAUUCAACAGUCAAAUAAUAAACCAUUCAUUCCUAUUGGCAUGACAAUCGCGCUCAGCGGUAACAUACCACCGGCUUCGGGUUUGAGCAGCUCCAGUGCAUUGGUUAGUGCCGCUGUACUCGCCACGGCAUAUGUACACCAGUUGCCUUUACAUCGCAAGCAGUUGGCCUCCAUAUCGGCUCGUUGUGAACGCUACAUUGGCACACAGGGUGGGGGUAUGGAUCAAGCCAUCGCCUACUUGGCCAAUGCUGGUUGUGCGCAAUUCAUUGAAUUCCAUCCAGAGCUUAACGCAACACCUGUACUGUUAUCGGCGGGCGUAUGCUUCAUAGUGGCCAACAGUUUAGCGGCAAAGAACAAAGCUGCUUCAUCGGAUUUCAAUGAGCGAGUUGUGGAAUGUCGACUGGCGACGCGCAUUCUUGCAAAGCAUACCAAGCUCAGCAAUUGGCGCGGAAUGACUCGCUUUGUGCAAUUGCAAGAGUCGUUACAGUGCACGCUCGGUGAGUUGGAAGAAUUGGUGGUGAAAUGGUUGCCACAAGAUAUUUACACGCGUGCUGAGUUGUGUGCACGCGAGCUGCAGGUCAGCAAUGAUGAAUUCGAGGAAGAAUUUCUUACAGCCAAUACACAGCAAAUGACGCAGUUCAAGCUGAGGCAACGCGCCCUUCAUGUCAUACAGGAGUCGCUGCGUGUUGCGAAAUUUCGUGAAAUUUGCGAGCAAACAACAAACAAUGCCAUCGAUAUGGAUAUUGAAAAUCAGUAUUCCCAUCCACAUAUCAACAAUGGUGUGAACGGCGUUAACGGAAAUCUGAAUUUAAACAGUACCAAAGAAAUAAGUGAUGAAGGAAAGCAAAUAGAUGCGAUGAAACGUUUUACAGCCAUGUCACAAUUGAUGCGUCAAUCACAUCAAAGCCUCAAGGAGUUGUACGAGUGCUCACACGUUGAUCUGGACCGAUUGAUUGCCUUAUCCGAUGCGUUCGGUGUGGGGGCACGGCUCACCGGAGCUGGUUGGGGUGGCUGCAUUGUCGCUUGCUGUGAGUCCCUCGAAGCUUCAACAAAAUAUAUACAAAUGCUUAAAGAUAAAUAUUUUAAGCUACUCCCGGCACAUUUAGUGGAACGCUAUGGGGCUAAUGACUUUAAUGAUGUAGUAUUUGCGACAUUUCCUGCAAAUGGCGCGGAAAUUUUUAAACUGAAAUGUGCGUGAUUCUCAAAAAUGCUUGUUUUUUUUAAAUAUUUGCCAAAAUCUUGCUGAAAUAGUUUACAUAUUAAAAUAUUAUAGCUAUGAAUUUUAUAAGCCCUCAUAAUAUACCUAUUAUUAGAGUUAUUACAUAAUAAAUUGACUUGCUGGUGGUUAAUAGCAGAAGCCAUUAUUUACUGUUACUUUAAUGGAAACGAAUUCGUAUCUAUGUAGUUGAAUUUUAAUAAAUAUUAUAAAGUAAAUAAAGAGUAUUGA